AUGAAUAUUCCGCUAUCGCCCGCUCGUCUUUCCUUGAGCCAGAGCAACAACGGAGUUCUGCACGAGAAGACUAACCGCCCAUCCACGCUCAAGUACCUCAAAGCCCCUGCGACAGUCGCGUCUUCCUAUCCCAUAACGGGAUCGAUUGCCCGUCCGCCGACACCUUUUCCGAAGAGCAGAGCUGUCCUGGUUCCUCGAGCGGGCGGGCCAAAGGCGACGUCAUUUAGGAGCGCGUUCGGUGCCGCAACCGGGCGAGGUCGCGGAGCAGGACUCGCCUCGGUUCACGGGCCGUCGCAACCCAAGGGACACGGUGCACCCUUUUCACCUUCGUCUAAUCCAGCUGCAACACCUUCGGCUUUCAUCCUUUUUCCUGCGAGUCCGACACAAUCUCUCCUCGGCGCCACUGUUCCCUGCGCGCCGGUCGUCACCCUUACGUCGGCUUCGGCUUGUACCUCUAACUCUGUUCCUUUCCCAACUUCACUUCCUCCGGAACAUGGGCGAUGCAAGACCGACCCUGGACCCGUCCCACAGGCACGGAGUACGGCUCUACGAGAGCCGACUGAUUGCAUCGUAAUAGACACCGCCCAUUCUAUGCCCACGGAUGUGCCCAUUCAGCCCGUUAUGCGUCUCAUCCCGGCCCGUAGACAGUCGAUGUCGGACAUCCCCGACGCUCAGUUCCUCGCGCUCGGGCGCUCGCUCGCGCCGAGCACGUCGCUAUCUCCCACGUUUCCAGAGAUGGGAGCUCCACCCGGCACGGUGUGUAUACCGCCGACCUCGCGCUCAUCCAACGACUCGCGCAUGGAUGUGGACCCAGUAUUUGGAUCGGGUCUUGCCCGUCCGCUCAUGACGCCUCGCAGUCUAUCCUUCGACGAGGCUGUGCUCCCCUCCUCCUCGUCGCGAGCAUCGAAGCGUAAGCUUCUUCCCCAUGCAAGUGGACGCAAGUCAGCCAAGCGCUCGCGGUCUACGUCUGCCGCGGAUGGAGACACCGAACUGCAAAAAAUGGUGAGGCCACGGCCAAGGGUACGCUCGACCCGGCUGCGCCCUGCAUCAACGUCGGGUGCCGGGAAGGAUAAGCGAAACGCAGACACGAAUUCGACAGAGGUCACGCAGCCCAAGAAGGCCCAGGCGAAGAAGACCAAGCGCCAGGUGGCCGAGGAGCGCUGGCUGAAAACCUUGUGCAUGAGCGUCGCGUACGCGGCCAGGUUGUCGCAGGACUUCCAGAAGCGGAAUGCGGACGCUUCUCGCGCGCCGGUUUGGGAGCAGGACCGGCGCCUUGUGGAACGCAUCGGGCAGAAGUUCGGCUGGGAUGCUAUGGUGUGGGACCAGCAAGACCGCGACGGUGACGGCGACGUGGAUAUGACCGGUCCGGAAGAUGAAGGCCGCGAUGGGGACGACGACGACGUGGCGGCCCUGUUUCUCCGCGGACAGACCACAGUCCCGCUUCCUCGUCUCGUGGCCUCGCUCGUUUUCCGGCACCGCGAGGGGGCGGCUAGCCGACGGAAGGGAUCUCACGUCGUGAACCAGCGAGUGCAGGAGAGGAUGCUACUCGAAGAGGGGUGGGCGGGCGCGGUGGCGGAGAUCGCAGCGCGAGCGAAGCAGCGGAAACCGUGGAUUCCCGCAAAGCGAUCGCCGCUAGGGCUCACGGUCGUGAGCGCGCAAGCGCAGGUCGAGAACGAACGCUGGCUGACACUCAUCGCGAGAAGCAUCGCGUUCGGGCUCUGCUAUUGGACUCGUGGAGGGCGGUCGAGAUCUGCAGCGUGGGUGGUGCUACGGACGCAGGACAAGAAGUUGCUUGCGCACAUCGAGCACGAGCUCGGGCGGCAGGUCACGUCGGACGUGUGGGGGGCAGACACGGACGAGCUGCUGGAUGAUGAAUACAUGGCGGACAUGCUGGAGAUGACACCUGGCACAUGGGAUCUCGAUCGGCUUGUGGCAGAGAUGUUAUUACAGCGGCCGGAGCGGAUGGCUCUGCAGAAAAAGCGGGCCGGCGGCGCGAGAUUUGCGGAGCGUGCAGCGGAGCGCGCAAGGACCGGGAUGAUGCGAGAGGUGGAGGCGGAGGCGAGGAGGGGAAGGGGAAGGGGAAUGUUGUGGACGCCAGCGAGGAGGUCGCCGUUGGGCAUGAUGGUGGUGACUGUGGAGGAAGAGAAGGAAGACGAUCCGAUGGUUGUGGACGGAUGA